AUGUGGGAAAUUUCAAAACUACUUUUGCUUUAAAACCUUUUACGUAAAGAACAAAAUUUGAAUGGAAAUGUGUUGAGUUUUUUGUUUUAUUCAAAGUUAAUGUUCAUUUUUUUAAUUAACAAUGUAUGAAGAGGAGAACUGGGAUGACGAAAUAGCUGGUUUGCCUCCCAAACCUAUGCCACAACAUCCUGUGGUUAGACAAGAAUGGAGACCAUCAUCUUCAUCUUAUUCAAGGGAACAAAAAUCAAACACACCAAGAAUGAAUACUGACAAUAAUUGGAUGGGAAAGUCUAGAGGAAGAGGAUUUACCUCAAAUGCUGAUCAAGACACCAAUUGGAGAAAUAGAGACUCAACUGAAAAUGACAGCACAUCGUCACGGGGAAGAGGGAGUUGGGGUAGAGGUAGAGGAGGGUUUGGAAGGCAGGACGAAAAUGAUAGAGACAAAAUUAGAGACACUAACACAAACUCUUUCAGUGGUAGAGGAGGCGGCAGGGGCUUUGGUAGCAGGGGUAGAAGUGAUGGUUUUGGUAGAGGAGAGGAUUCAAACAGAGGUUUUGGUAGAAGUAAUGAUAGUGGACAGAGGUCAUUUGGCAGAAAUGAAGAUCAAAAUGGACAAAGUGAUUCUUCCACUAUACGUGUAGAUUCAUCUAUGGUUGGAAGAGUUAUUGGAAAAGGUGGAUCAAAGAUCAGGGAAUUACAAGAUGAAACUGGGGCUAAAAUCAAUAUAAGUAAAGAUGAUGAUGGUAGUGGUGAAAAGGAAAUACAGUUACAGGGUCCACCUGAUGCUAUAGCAAAGGCCAAAGAAAUGAUAAAUGAGCUGACACAUGAUGACAGUGAUAGUUUUGGACGAGGAGAAGAUUCAAACAGAGGUUUUGGUAGAAGUAAUGAUAGUGGACAGAGGUCAUUUGGCAGAAAUGAAGAUCAAAAUAGACAAAGUGAUUCUUCCACUAUACGUGUAGAUUCAUCUAUGGUUGGAAGAGUUAUUGGAAAAGGUGGAUCAAAGAUCAGGGAAUUACAGGAUGAAACUGGGGCUAAAAUCAAUAUAAGUAAAGAUGAUGAUGGUAGUGGUGAAAAGGAAAUACAGUUACAGGGUCCACCUGAUGCUAUAGCAAAGGCCAAAGAAUUGAUAAAUGAGCUGACACAAGAUGACAGAGGUCCACCAAGGUCAUUUGGUGGAGGAGGAGGUGGGGGUGGAUUUGGAAGAGGUGGAUUUGGUAGCAACUCAUCAACGUCUAACACAGAGGCAGCACCUGUGAUCAACUGGGGAAUGAUCAGGGCCAAUAAAGAAAUCAACGAAAAGAAAAAAUGGGAAGGUUUACCCCCUAUUGAGAAAAACUUUUACAUAGAAAGUCCGUCAGUAAAAAAUAUGUAUCCUGAUGAAGUUAGUGAGUUUAGAAAAACAAAUAACAACAUAACAGUUACUGACUUGAGCAGUGAAGGAAAUCGAAAUAUACCUAAUCCUUGCAGAACAUUUGAAGAAGCUUUUGAGCAUUAUCCUGCCAUCCUGGACACCAUAUAUAACCAGAAGUUUACAAAACCUUCACCAAUUCAGGCACAAGCAUGGCCAGUAUUGUUACAAGGUUUAGAUCUUAUAGGUAUAGCACAGACAGGAACAGGGAAGACAUUAGCUUUUCUUCUACCAGCUUUUAUACAUAUAGAUAACCAACCUAUACCUAGGGAAGAAAGAGGAGGGCCAAAUGUUUUAGUUCUGUCUCCCACCAGAGAAUUAGCUCUUCAGAUUGAAACAGAAGUUAAAAAGUUUGACUACAAAGGUAUUAAAAGUGUUUGUGUAUAUGGUGGUGGAAAUAGACGAGAACAGAUCAAUGUUGUCACGAAGGGCGUAGAGAUUAUUGUAGCCACACCUGGUAGAUUGAAUGAUUUAGUCAUGAACAAGAUAGUCAAUGUCAAAUCUGUCACAUAUUUGAUAUUAGAUGAAGCAGAUAGAAUGUUAGACAUGGGCUUUGAACCAGAGAUAAAGAAAAUAUUGUUAGAUAUCCGUCCAGAUAGACAGACUGUCAUGACCAGUGCUACAUGGCCAGAAGGUGUACGACGUCUAGGUGGAAGCUAUCUAAAGGAUCCUAUACAAGUAUUUGUAGGAAGUCUAGAUUUAGCAGCUGUUCAUUCUGUACAUCAGAGAGUUGAAUUGGUUGAUGAUGAUGAUAAGAAAGAUAGGUUGUUACAGUUCAUUGAAGAGGAAUUCCUUCCUGAAGAUAAAGUUAUAGUGUUUGUUGGUAAGAAAUUGAUGUGUGAUCAUUUAUCCAGUGAUCUUAGUCUGUUAGGAGUAGACUGUCAAUGUAUCCAUGGUGACAGGGAACAAUGUGAUAGAGAGGCUGCAUUAGAAGACUUUAAAACAGGAGCUACUAGAAUAUUAAUCGCCACUGAUGUAGCUUCUCGUGGUUUAGAUGUUAAAGAUAUAACAUAUGUGUUCAAUUUUGACUUCCCGAGACAUAUGGAGGAAUAUGUCCACAGAGUUGGCAGAACAGGAAGAGCGGGGAGAACAGGUACUUCCUUAACACUUAUGACAAGGAAUGAUUGGAGAAAUGCAGCACAUUUGAUAGAAAUCUUAGUAGAGGCUAUGCAGGAAGUGCCUGAGUUCUUAGAAGAUAUGGCACAACGUUGGGAGGCUAACCAGAGGAAAAGAGCAGAGGAGAGGGAAAGUCUAAGAGGGAUGGGAGGUGGUAGGGGUGGGGGAGGAAGAGGAGGAAGAGGGGGCAGGGGAAGAAGAAGAGAAGACUUUGGUGUUUACACACCGACGUAUGGAAUAGCUUGAUGUUGGAAAGAAUAGAUAUAAGGCAAAAUGUUCUAGUCAAUGAUGUUUUGUUGUGAUUGUGUCAGUAGGAAAUGUACUUCAUAAUCAAGUUGAGUGGAUGGUUGUAUGUGACUGUUGGCGGAGAGACAGACAUUGUAGAAACGUUUGAUAUUUUUGUGUACAUCUGUUGAUAUAUUGAAAAUGAAAAUUAUGAACAAUUAAAGUGCAAUUUUCAUUGAACAUGUGAUUGAUAAACAGUAUUACAUAAACUGUAUUGUGUCUGACAGUGAAUAGCUAUAAAAAUACACAUGGAUUAUAAAAAAUUUUAAUUUUGAAGCAAGAAAGAAACAAAUGUAAUCCAAAAAUGUUACUGUGAAUUUAGUAGCUUUUAUGAAGGUUGAUAUUGUGUAAAAGGAAUAUGCUUUUACUCAGUUUUGAGAAUAAUACUUUCAUAGUUUGUUAUAAAUCAGUUAACAUGAUAUUUAUAGUUUUUUUUAUGUACAGCAAUCAUGUUAUCCUAUUACAUAGAUUAAAUCAUUGAUAAUCAUCCAUUAGGUGUUUUCAAAAGAAACUUUCAAUACAUCUCAUUCUACAAACGCUGCUUUUCAUUGAUAAUUUAUUCUUCACAAAACAAAACAACUAUUAUUUCUAGCAAUAUACCUGCAGGAAAAGAACUUUAUUUUCAUCCUUAAGUGUAUUUCUGAAAAGUGUAUUUUUUAGACAAGCUUAAGUUAUCAUGUUCAUGUAAUAGUAGUUUGAUAUUUGUUAUUUUGUGAAUUAUAUAACUAACUGACCUUAUUGCUUGCCAUUAAAAAAGUCUGGUAUUUGUUUAAGGUGCGCCCAAUUUUUAAAAAUAAUCUCUGAAAAGAGAAGAUAUUUUUUUUUACUUAAGGUUUGUUUCAGCAAUUGACCUGAAGAUGCUAUCAGAAUUUACAUAACUCUCAUUGUUUUUGAAAAAAUUGGCCAAAGAGAUAAACAUCUUAAAUUUUCACUUAUAUAAAGUCUUUUUAAUUUUUGAUGCAGUUUUUAAAAACAAUUGUUGUGAAAAUUUCAUUAUGAUUUGAUGUAGGUUUUAUGUUUUCUGGAUGGCUGAAAAUCUUUAUUUUAAGUUUAAAAUCUUUAUAUUUUAAGUCAGGUUUUGAUGAGUUAUUUUUCUUUUGAAUCCAAGUAGAAAUAACUGCCUUCAUUUGUUCCAUCAGAUUUGAUGAAGUUUAUAUGAUUAUUGUUCUCUAAAGGACUAACUCCUUAAAUUAUGACAUUUUUGUGUUUAAUUCUCAAUGAAAAUCCUUGUAUGCACUCGGAAUUAAAACAGAUUAGAGGAACCAUCAACAUGAACUCCAACUUUUUAUGCCCCGCCGUAGUUGUUAUAUUGAAGAAACAUAUCAGGUACCACUUUGUUGUUAUUCUAGAAUCUCAAGCUUGAAAAAUGCCCAUAAGAUUUGUAUUGUUAUAGUCUAACAUUGUAAUUUUAUUUACCAAAAUGUGAUAUUGUAUUUAUUUGAAAAAUCUUAAGUAAAGAAUAAAAUGUAUCACAUAAAGA